UGUUAUAUGAUAUUAAAUAGUUAUAAAACCCACAUUAAACUAAAAUGGAGACCGAAGAACACUUACUAGCCCUAAAAGUGAUGAGAUUAACUAGACCAAUGCUAGCAACUCCUUUACCAGUUACAUGUGAUAGUAAAGAUUUGCCGGGUAAUUUACUGAAUAAUGCCCUUCAACAAGACCCUACUGCAGUGCAUGGCGCUGAAACAUUAUGUACAGGGCAAUUUUUGUUGCUGCCCCAAAGUCCUGUUAAUAUAUAUUUGGGAGAGACUUUCUCAAGUUAUAUUUGUGUUUACAGUGAGACAAAGGAUGUUGUUAAUAAUGUUACAGUUAAGGUUGAUUUACAAACUAGUUCACAAAGGUUGCCUUUAUCAAUGAAUCCUCCUACAGAAACUUUAUCGUCUGAUGAUACUGUUAAUGUUGUUAUUCAUCAUGAAGUUAAGGAAAUUGGGACUCACAUAUUGGUUUGCGAAGUUAGUUAUCAAACAAUUACAGGCAACUUAAUGACAUUUAGAAAAUUUUUUAAAAUACAAGUAAUGAAACCCUUGGAUGUCAAAACCAAAUUUUAUAAUGCUGAAAAUGAUGAUGUUUAUUUAGAGGCACAGAUUCAAAAUAUCACAAAUGGGCCAAUUUGUUUGGAAAAAGUUAAUUUGGAUGCUUCACAUCUUUUUGAUGUAACUAGCUUAAAUGUGACACCAACAGGGGACAGUGUUUUUGGUAAAACUCAGCUAAUGCACCCACAAACUGUUUGUCAGUUUCUUUAUUGUUUAACACCCAGUGAAAAAUUAUCUUCAGACCUAAAAUCCUUAAGGGGUGCUACAAAUAUUGGAAAGUUAGACAUUGUUUGGAGAUCAAACUUAGGGGAAAGGGGCAGAUUGCAAACCUGCCAAAUGCAAAGAAUGGGACCUGACUAUGGGGAUAUUAGAAUGUCUGUAGUGGAAAUACCAAAUUUUGUAGUGUUGGAAGAAUUAUUUUCAAUUAAAUGCAAAAUAAUCAACAAUUGUGAACGUACAGUGGAUCUGAUGGUAUAUUUAGAAAACGUGGAGGGGAUAGCCUGGUGCGACAUUUCUGGGCGCAAAUUAGAACCUCUACCUCCCCACUCUGUAAAAAUUUUAGAGUUUAAAUGUAUACCUAUUUUGCCUGGACUUAAAAGUAUAGCAGGUAUUAAGUUGUUGGACACUUUUCUAAAACGGACUUAUCCCUAUAAUGAUUUGGGGCAAGUUUUUGUUAUGGUAAAUGACAGAAAAGAAGAGUUGGAUGAUGAUAGUGAUGAUGAAGAUGCAUAUCCUGUAAGUGCAUAAUGUUCAUAGAUAUUAAUUUUUUAAGAUAAAAUAAUGUUUGUAAAUAUUGUUCUUCUAUUUGGUUUUAAGUAUGUUAAAAAAAGUGAUAUAUUAUAAUGUAAUAGGUGAAGUUUUUAAUAAAACAUUAAUUUAA